GACGCCUCAAGGUCCAUUUCCAGCCUUGUCUGGCGGACACAAUCGUCGGUUGUCGGUAUUUCCGGAGGCAGCAAGGGAAUUCAGCCCAACCUGCCGCAAGCCAUGGCCCCACUCACACUGUUGCUCGCGUUUCCGAGCCCGUCCGCCGCCCCCGCCCCCCCAAGCGGCCGGCUCGUUCUCCCGUUGCGCGAUUUAGCCAGGCUAAGUAAACAUGUGGCGGCCGUUCACUGGUGGGUUGGUGUCGCCAUAACAUCCGCGACGUGUGCGCCGACGGGUCGGUUGGACAGGCUGGUGCAGGAAGGACUUGCAGGCGAAGAUGCGGCGGGUCGAGCACAAAAGUUGGGCCACAAGCGCCUACCACCGGCGCCGCGCCGGAGCCAAUUGAAUAAUUUCAAGGCCUCACUACCUAAGCCUCACGAGGGUGGCCAGGCCAUCGCCAAGGGGCGGGUGCGAACAAGCGAGCAAGCAUAUGCAUAUACACUGUAA